AUGACCGCGUCGUCCUACAAGCCUACAAGCACAACUGUGCCAAGAUCCGAUCGCGUUCUGCAAUUGAAUUCGACCGUGGUUUCUGGAUUUGCGGGAGCCAAGAGCAGUACGUUUCCAAUGCAAGUGCUAGGUUUGGACGUAGACUGUCUAUACACGACGCAACAUUCGAAUCACUCUGGUUAUGAUCAUGUCUCCAAAGCCGACUUUGCCAACGCAACCCUCAAGAAUCUGUUUGAAGGAUUGUCGAAAAACGACUUGCUCCAAAACCGAUACGACUACUUCUUCACUGGCUUUGUCUCUGAUGAAGAGUUUCUCCAGUAUAUGAUAGAAAUGUACAAGAAGCUCAAGGCGGAAAAUCCUAAUAUUUUGUGGUUUUGCGAUACGGUGAUCGGCGACAAGAACAAACACACGGGAGAAGACAUCUAUUAUUGUCCCAAGGAAUUGGUUCCCUUGUACAGAGACUGCGUUCUCCAGUACGCAAACGUGAUCACUCCCAAUCAAUUGGAGCUUGAGCUUUUGGCACAAACAUCCAUUCGGACCCGCCAGGAGGCCCUCGACGCCAUGCGCCACCUUCACGAAGCCCAUUCGGGGCUCUCUGUCAUUAUUUUGACCUCUGUCGACACGGAGUUUGGUUCCGAAAUGCUGGUAUCCUCCUCAAACCACGAUGCGAACCAGGCGUUGACAAUCCACUAUCACCAAGCCUCCUUUGAAGAACAACCUUUUCACUUCACAGGGACCGGCGACUGCAUGAUGGGAUUGCUGAUUGGCAAUCUCCAUAACAACGACCUGCAAGUGGCGUGUGCCAACGCGUUGUCCUCGAUGCAAGCCAUCCUCCAAAACUCCGUCAAGGCCAUCCAAGAUGGCUGCAACCCUUUUGGAGAAUUGAAGAUUGUUCAGUCGAUGGCAGAAAUCACGAAUCCGCCUCGGACGCACCAAGUGGUUCCGCUCUGA